AAAGCAUUUUAAUGGAUUAUCUUAAUUAUUUUAAUAAAGAAAUUAGGCUUUAACAUAUGGCACAAUAUUUUUUUUUGUCUUAAACAUAAACUAAGCAAAAUAAUAUAAACAAUAGUUCAUUUUAAAGCAAAAUUAGCUAUAUCAGAAGAAUCAAAUAAAGUAAAAUUAGCCAGGAAAAAUCUUGAAGAAUUCCAACAAUAUUUAGAAUCAGCAAUGUUAAAGGUGUACACAACAAAACAUACUCCAAUCAAUACAAUGCUUUUUCACAAGGAUGGGAAGAGACACAGGGCUCAUCAAAACCAGAGUUACCAUAUUGGAUGAAAUAAGUUUAAUACUGCAACCAACUUCGUUUGUCUGCUGGUGGCAAGGCUUGCCUAUGUUCUUUUCUACUGAUGUAGUCUACAAAAUUAAAUCAAACUGCAAAACUUAUCUUACUUGUUUUGACCUCAUAUAACCCUCAGUUUAUACAUCCAUUUUAAAAAUAAAGCUGUAUCCCACACCAUACAAUAACAGUAUUCUAGCAAGUGCUAUUCUAGUAGAAUACUAUUCCUAGUAAAUAUUUCCCAAACCUUGCAAUAGUAGGCCUUGCCACUAUCAACAUAUGAACAUUUCCUUAUACUCUGAUCCUUACAAUCAAUCAAUCAAUCAAUCAAUCAAUAAAAUUCAUUGGGGCUAGAUUUGGGGAUUGCAAGAUGUGCUGUUUGACUAUUGCCUCAAUUUCCUUGAGUAUUCAACACUUAACUAUUGCAGCCCCACUUGUGCAUGCUACUUGGCAGCUUCCCCCAGCACAGCAGGAAGAACCCCAUGGGUUAUAUAAGACAAUGUGAGUGGCAUCAAGUACCACCUGUGUGGUAAUUUCAGCAAGAUUUCUCUAUAUUGUACUGUACUAAAAGUGAGUGGAAAGAGGACUUAUCCCACAGUGAACUCUAAUCAUUUUUCCAACUUUUGUUCCCAUAGAAGCUUAAGGCAUCAAACAUGUCCAAAAUAUGCUUCCAUAAGAAUUUUAUAAAUACUAAACACUGUGCUUUUAGUGGUCUUAGAAGUCAUUAAUAUAGAAUGUUCAAAACUCAACAGUUUUACGGGUCACACUGCCCUUGAUCCCUGGAUUAGCUAAAAAGGCCAAGUAGGCCCUACACAAGCAACCAUGGAAGGGGGAUAUCUUCAAACUUUUCCCUUAGGCUACUUUCUGUUAUUAGAGUUUUGUCAUAGAUGUCAACCUUCCCUUUUUUUGCAGGAAAUUCCCUUAUUCCAGCACCAUUUCCCGCUGCUUCCCACUGUUAGAUAUCCCGUAGACUGUCCCCAGGACAGGUGAGGCUGCUGAUCCCUUAUUUUCGAGGCUCCCCAGGACAGGUGAGGCUGCUGAUCCCUUAUUUUCAAAUCUGAAAGUUGAAAGCUAUGAGUUUUGGUCACAUAAAAAUCAAAGAGAUGGAAGAGCCUCUUAAAGCUCCUUUGGGCCACAUGUACUAUGUUUAUUAAAGAUUGUUCUAAGUUGUUGGACGCAGCCAUGGUAACUUUAGGAGGCAUAUAGAAAUUAUUUUAAUCAAUUUGCCAUAUCAGAUAUGAUAAGCCGCAUGGAGCCUUCAUGAUUACAGGCAGUGUAAUCUGAUAGCUGGAUACUUGAGGACAAACAAGGCAGCAUCCUUAUUGCACAGAUCGCAUUUUCACAGCAUCUGCCUGGCUGGUCGACCUUUGGGAGACGAAGUGCUGUGUUAAGAGGAUCACAGUCUGCGAAAUGGUUCGCUUCAUGAUGAUGGAUUCGAGAACUUGAUUUGCUGAUUGUGAGGAAGCAGGAGGAGAUCCUGACAGUUACUGGAAGGGGGGGGGGGCAGGGGCAAGAAAUGCACCAUUAGCGUUAACGCAGCGCGCGAGACGACCGUCCGCCCCACGAGCUCUGACUGCCUGACGAGAUUCGCGUCAGGGUAAAUCAAACGGCAGGCAAGCGAAAUGUUAAAACGGGAAACGGCGGCUGCUCCGAGCGGUGAUGACAGGUAACACCGCGGCUUACAGAUAACAGCGCCUGAAAGGAAACCUGAGACCGGUUGCGUCUCUGUCCCCCUCCGAAACCCCGCCCCCAACUGACUAUAUAACGAAUAGCCCCGCCCGACUAACGUCAGUUCGCCCUCUUUCCCUCAUUGGCUGGUACGCGUGCGUCCUACUCGCCUGGUUGGGGAGAGGAGGAGCCGUCUCUCUCGCGCGCGCUGUUUCGCUGAAGGUGGCGCGUGCGCGCGCACGUGUCCCGUCGGGCUGGGGAGGCUGGCUGGAGGUGGGGCCUCGUGCUCAAGCACGCGCCGAGUAGCCGUUGGUCGGCCGUCCGGCCUGUGAGGGGGGAAAAAGAGGCGGUUGCUGCCCGUUGGCGCCUCGCGCGGGUACCUCCCCCUCUCGCGCUCCCCUCGCAGCUGAGGAGGCCAUGAGAAGGCGGCUUCGGAAGGGGGCGGUGAUGGCCGUUGCUGCUGCCGCCGCCGCCGCCCGGCAACUGCCUCCGUCUCCUUUCCUCCCGUCGGCCCCAAACCGCGGGGCUCUCCGCACCUGCCAGCCCUGAGGGAGGCCUCGGCGCGCGUCCCGCCGCUGGAGAAGCGGAGAGCGAGGGCCGCCGCCGCCUCCUGGCUCGUCCCUCUGCCGUCCUCGAUGUCUCCCCCGCCGCGGGGAGCCCACCCCAUCCGCGCCCCUUCGGCCCGCAGCGUCCACUCGGGAGCCCGGCCUCGCCUUCUCCGAGACUGGUGGCGGAGCCAGCCGCGACUGGCCGGGAGGCGGCCCAGCGACGACGGAGCCGGCCAGGCCGCCGCCUCCUCCACCAGCGCGGCGGGGAUGAAGGCGGAGGCGGGGGACAGCAGCAUGAUCAACCUGUCGGUCCAGCAGGUGCUGAGUCUGUGGGCGCACGGCACCUCGCUCCGGCACCUCACCGGUAACGGCCGGGCGCAGGGCGGGCGGGGGAGGCGUUCGGAGGCUGGGGCGGGCGAGGUUUGAAAAGCGGCCUGUGUUCUGUGUCGGAGGGAGAGGAGACGUUCCAGGCACUCCCAUCCCAGGUGUCGCACACACUCGAGCAGGGCAGAGAAAAUAGUACCCGGGAACGUGUGGAUGUAAAAGUGGCUUCUGGUUCAAAAGGGCAGGUGAAAACGUGCGUGGCAUCCUAAAUGGAGAGUAAGGGAUGGCAUUAGGUUGGAGCUUAAUACGCAGGCUGGAGGUCAGAGUAGCUGCAGUUUCUGACUUAGAUCUAUGAGGUGCUCCGAUAACCCAAGGGACUUGACUGUGCACCUGUCUUCCUAUGUUCCUUGCUGGGAUGUCCCUGGGCCUUUUUGAAAAAAUGCUGCUGUUCAGAUCUGUGGCAUCUGAUCCGGGUAUUUCCUGCAGGACCACGUACCAAACAGGUACAGGGCUUAUGCUGUCUGAUCAACUAAAUGUUGCCUCAAUUUAAAAACUUUUGGGGCACUUAAAAAUGUAUUUCCUUUCUCUCCCCCCCCCAUUAGUGAAGCAACAGACUUUGUAAAAAUAUACAUUAUUUUUAAUACAAGCACUUAAACUCUAGUUGACAAGCAUAGCUUUCGAAGAUGUGUACACCCUGUUUUGUUACACAGCAAGUGAAAGCCUGUUUUAAGAUUCCAGUGCAUAUACAGUGGUGCCUCGCAAGACGAAAUUAAUUCGUUCCGCGAGUUUUUUCGUCUUGCGUUCUUUUUCGUCUUGCGAAGCACGGUGUCGGAAAAGCUUUGGAAAAGCUUCAAAAAUCACCAAAGUCCUCAAAAACCUCAAAAAAGGCUACCACACCGCGUGCUAUGAGUUGCUCCUCGAAGUCAAGUUGCAACUGUAUUAACGGUUUUAAGGAAAAGGAAACAAACUUGCAAGACGUUUCCGUCUUGCGAAGCAAGUCCAUAGGGAAAAUCGUCUUGCGAAGCAACUCAAAAAACCAAAAACCCUUUCGUUUUGCGAGUUUUCCGUCUUGCGAGGUACCACUGUAUGUGUCAUCAAAAAUAUUAAUAUAUAUUUCUUCACAACUAUUGUUUAAUUCAUACUAAAAUGUAUGCUGAUUUAAUCAUUAAAUGCUUAAUGUCAAUUUGGUGACAUUCCUCUUGCUAUGCUUCUUCAUCUAGAAAAGCUACAUUUUUUGCUCCUAUUUCAUGCCCUCCAAGUACCCAGACUGCUAAUGUGUUCAGUUAAAAUUAUGAAGUUAUAAGAGCAUGAACAUUUGCUCUUUAUCUUGUAAAGAAACACUGCCUUGCACAGUAACUACCAAGCCUUGCUUGGUAGUUGACUUUUCUGUUGACUCAGAAGUAAAUCCUAUUUUGUUAAAUGGGACUGACUUCAAAAGAAGUGUUUCACAGUUGUAGGCUAAGAAUUGCAUUCACUGCUACACAAGCAGAACAAACUCUAACCUGCAUGGUGGGGCUUCCUCUUCUGUCCUACAGCUCCCAGUGCACCCUCAAAAUCUGUUCCAGAUUUAAGGAGUGGGGAAAGCAUAGGAGAUUCUGUGUGAGCAGAAGUCAGCUUGUACAGAGUUGGCUAUAAUCCCAAAACUGUAAACCUAAGUGAUUUUACCUAGUGUCUUUGCACAUUCAUAGAGCGAACCAUAUAAACAAUUUUCUCUUCUAAAUUCUGCAGUGUAAAAGGCUAUGUGGAUGGCAUGGUCGAAGGUGUACAGAAUGGGAACCCUUUAGAGUUGUAGAUUGAUGGAUGCAGUGCAUAAUUACAUGAAAUUCACUGCCAUAAGAUGUGUUGAUGGCCAGUGGCCAAAGGGAUUAGGCAGAUUUCUGGAGGAUAGGUCCAUCAACAAUGAGCAAUGAUAUUUAAAUGUGGAACCUCAGGGUUCAGAGGCAGGAUGCCUCCGACUGCCACAAACAGUGAAGAAGAGCUUGUGGCCCUCAUUCCCUCUUUGUAGGCUUUUUGAAAGCAUCUGAUUGGGAUGCUCACAGUAAUGUGAUUCAUGGUCUUAUCCAGCAGGGCUAUUCUUACAUUCUCAGAUUGAGCUCCCCAUCUGUAAUCAUACCAGUCUUUCUGGUAGUGCAGUUAGGAUGAUUACUGAUCUAAUUUAUGUGAAGCUCUUUGAGCACUUAGUAAAAGUGCUGUAUAAGUUUUAUGCAUCUAGCUAUUCAGCACUCCAUCGGACACAGAUAUUUAUUUGCCUGCAUAAUAAAUCAUAUCUGAAGCAUUUUUCUUAGUAAAAAGAAGAUUCACUUAUGGAAACUAGCAAACAUAAGUAUUGGAUACCUGAUUCUAGUACUGUUUCACAGAAUACAGUGGCCCUGAUCAAAAAACAAUGGAUUAGAUGUGGUGUUCAGGUGAAAGUGUGUAUACAACCAAAAUGUGUCAUUUUUUUUACUGGUACAGUACACUACUUACUACAACAUCAGGCAGUGCAUAGUCUUUGGAACUCCCUGUUCAUUUAUAUUAGGCAUUUCACUAUUGUUUUUGGUGCCUGCUGAAAACUUUUUGCUUCAGCAAACCUACCCAAACAUGUAAUUUUAUUAUGUAUAUUAUUUUAAAAUUACUGGUUUGAUUAAUAUUUUUAAACAUAUGUUAACUUUUUUUUUUUUUUGCCUUUAUCAUUUUUUAAUGAAGGUUUUGGGUUUUUUUCUUUAAACUACUUAGAAGUCUUCUAUCUAGGAAGCAAUGUAUACACUUUGUUAAAUAAAAUAACAUUAUAUUGUCUGUUCAUAAAUGGUACACAACAUACUUACUUCAAUUUUAAUUUAUUUUGAUGAAUUGUCCUGUUUUCCUACCUUGGCACACAAACUGAGCUUUCCACUACAGUUCUAAUAUCUAUUUUGUGUGGCUAUAGCCAAUUUAGAUUCCAUUAGCAUAUAUAUGAACUUCACAUGUUCUUAGCCCUAGUACAUACUUGCAUCCUGACUCUCAUUUUCCAUUCCAUUUGAUAUGUGGAUGCUAGUUCACAAAAUCUUGUUAUAAUUUUUUUAGCUUUAAGAUGCCAAAAGGCUCUUUGUUGCUGUCAACAUGCAAAUACUCUAUUAGAAAUUGUCUUCUAUUUUCUUGCCCAAUCAACUAGUCUGGACAUAUGAAGACUGGCAGUGCAUGCUGCAGCCACAGCAGCCUGCAACAUGGUCAGGAUUAUAAAGGAUUCAGUGGGUACCAUUUAAUUUCUAAAUUAAAACCUCAUGAUUCACCAUUACUUACUUAUUGCAUUUGUAUCCCAGCAUUUUUCUCAAGAAGUUCAAGGUGGUGUACAUGAUUCUCCUCUUCAUCAUUUAAUUCCCCCAACAACCCUAUGGGGUAGGUUAGCUGAGAGGCAGUGACUGGCCCAAGGUCACCCAGUGAGUUUCAUGGCUGAUUGCAUAUUUGAAUCCUGGACUCACCGGCCCUAGUCCAAAACUCUGACCACUAUAUCACACUGGGUCUCGGGACCUGAGGAUUUCAGCUUCUAUGGCUCCAGCUCACAAAGGUGAACACUUGUUAACAGUUUUGAUAUACAGUACUUCUAGCUAACCCUCCAUGGUUCUCUCUUGGAAAUAAUUGCAAAAUUUUAGUGCUAGUUUACAUUUUAUCUGUUAGUUAAUUGUAUCCUAAACAACUAAAAGAGGGGGGUGGGGAACCAAAUUUUCGGAAAGUUUCCCUGCCUGAUUGCCAAGGAAGCAUUCAGCAAAUAUGUUGUUUUUGUUUGGUGUGUUUUACAUUAUUUAUUUUUUAAGGUUCUUUGAAUGAAGAGAUAUGAGGGAUAUAUUUAGACUACUUUUAAAUAAACCAGACAUAGUAUAAACUAUUAUUAUUAUUUGUAGACCACCCUUCAUCUACAGACCUCAGGGCAGUUCAUAAUGGAAUAGAAAUCGAUACAUGCAGUAUAAUAUAAUACUUAAAUUUGAGAGCUAUCUGUGUGAUCUGAAGUAAGUUUUGUUAAAGCAGCCUUUGGCUAACUUAAGUCUCUGUGUGAUGCAAUACAUAGUUUUAUGAAUUGUUUCCUUUGGUGAAAGAUUUCUGCCUUUUAUACAGCUAAUUCUGUCUCCUUUUGAGAGCAUGCACUGCUUCAGAAUCAGUUCUCCCUCAAUUAGCUAGUUUCUGCUUUCAUGGUUUCACAACUUUGACACUUUUUCUCAGUGCUAGUUGUAUUUAACACUAAAGGACAAAAUCUAUUUUUAUCCAGCAUGUGUACAAUAUGUCCUAGAAAGAUAAAUUUGGUUAUUUAGGACAUUCAGUGAUAAAAACUAUUGUUGGAAUUUCCUCACAAUUUCAAGUUGGUCUGAAUAGCUGCUAUGUAGCAUUCAUUCAUUCUUCAGGGUUUGAAUAUUGUUUCCACUUUGAUAACAAUUGGAAGCAAUGUAUUCAUAACUUAAAUAUUCUUGGCAACAUCAGGAAAAAAGCCCUUAGUUUGGCAACUUGCUACUUUUAGAGAUGCUGACAUGUUUAAAGGUGAACGACCAGUAAAAUUUCAGAAUUUCAGAAUUUACUUAUUGCUCCCUCCAAGGUAAUUUGUUUUGGCUAGCUGUCAGAAAUUGUUUAUAAGUAUAACAUAGAUUAAAAAAUUGGAGCGUUUAAUAUUUGCUCAAAAUAGUUUGUUAAUAGGGGGGCCUUAAGUGUUCAGAGAAAUGGGCAGUGGACAGCAUUAUAGAAAGUAGAAUAAAGUUAUUAAAUAAGUAUUCUGUCUGCAUGCUUUUGUAUCUCUUUAUAAUUCCUCAAAAUAUGCAAGGAUUUUUUUCUCUUUGAUUUAAUCAUUUUUUCUCAAAUGUUAACCCGCUCUUUGAUUGCUUUCUUCCAGAAAUGUGGUACUGGGUUUUCCUCUGGGCUCUCUUCUCCUCUCUCUUUGUUCACGGUGCUGCAGGAGUUUUAAUGUUUGUGAUGCUGCAGAGGCAUAGACAAGGGAGAGUAAUCUCUAUCAUUGCAGUCAGCAUUGGAUUUCUGGGUUCUGUAACUGGAGCUAUGAUAACCAGUAAGUCUUAAAAUGUUCAAAUACUUCUUUUUGAAGAUUAUUUUUUAGCUAUUGUAGUAAAUGAUUUUUGGUUCAUUACACUGGAGUUCUGUGAGGCUUACAGCUGUUGGGGUUGUUCAGUGGCUGAGGGAAGGGCCAUAUAAAACUGGCAGCCAUGAUUUUUCAUAUGUCUCAGUUUUAGGAGGAAGAGAAGCAGGGUGCUACCACAGAGCCAGCCUCCCAGUAGUAGUGUCACUUCUUCUUCCCAGGAUGGGGCAGGGUGAUAUUCUAAAACAAGCUUUUUAAAUCUGCAGCACUUAACUCCUCUGUCAGAUGUUGUUUGGAGCUUGUUAACAGAUAGCUGUGGAAACUUAAGUCCGGGUUAGCACAUAAUGCUAAUCUGUGGUUUAUGAAAUUGUGAUUUAUUUUUAUCAUGUUUUGUUUGAUUCUUUGAACCCUGAAUUUAGGAGGUUAACUAUAGUUUGUUAUUGCCAACUAAUUCUGUUCUAAGGCAUGGCUUAAGUUCACUUACAAUCUUUUGUUUGUCUUAACUAUGGCUUGGUGUUACCUAAAUCCUUCUCAACCUAUGAUUUGAUUGGCCACCCAGCUCAGACUCCCAUUAAGUUACAAAAGGCUUGAGACAAGAGCCUCUGGAAAACAACAAAGCUUUCACAAAUCAAAUCAUGGUUUGUUUGGUCAUCUGCAGAUCGAUUUGUUUUUGUUUUUGUUUUUUUAAAUAAUUUUUAUUAUGGUUAUCUGCAGAUCAAUUUGUUGUUGGCUCCUGGUUUGUUAAACAAAGCAUGGUCUAACAUUAUGUGAGUGCUUAAUGUCUGACAGAAUUAAAGAUCUAAAAUUUCCAGAAAUGUUGAAACCUUGAGAAAAAGGCAUACAUUUGAAGGGGGGAGGAAUGUUGGAUAAAAUUGGAAUAUAUUAUCAAACAAAGUUAAUUUACUUUUUAAACAAUAUAAAAUGCAUCAUUUUUAACUUAGUUACCGUUGUAAAACUUGGCAUAUUUAUGGCAGUUGCAGAGCAUGUUUACGUUUACCGGACUUUACUCCCUGGUAAGCAAACAAUGGGGACGCGGGUGGCGCUGUGGGUAAAACCUCAGUGCCUAGGACUUGCCGAUCGUAUGGUCGGCGGUUCGAAUCCCCGUGGCGGGGUGAGCUCCCGUCUUUCGGUCCCAGCUCCUGCCCACCUAGCAGUUCGAAAGCACCCCUAAGUGCAAGUAGAUAACUAGGUACCGCUUUAUAGCGGGAAGGUAAACGGCGUUUCCGUGUGCUGCGCUGGUGCUGGCUCAUCAGAGCAGCUUGGUCACGCUGGCCAUGUGACCCGGAAGUGUCUCCGGACAGCGCUGGCCCCCGGCCUCUUAAGUGAGAUGGGCGCACAACCCUAGAGUCAGAAACGACUGGCCCGUACGGGCAGGGGUACCUUUACCUUUACCUUUAAGCACACAAAGAAUUAGACUAGAAAGUAUAAAGGCAUUCCAUUUUUACAAAUAAAACAUAAAAUUUACCCAAUAUUAGAGCUGCACCUUAUACUAAGCAAAUAUAUAAUAGUGUGGUUUUUUCCCCUGUUUGGGAAGGGUGCAGGGAGUUGAAAACAGAAACACUGUUUGGUUUGCUAAAACAAUUGUGUGUCAUUUGGACAGAAACUUCCAUUUAGUCUCAAUAUUAAAGGAUAGCAGCGUAUUUAAAUACAAAGCGUAACUUUAUACAACACUGAAAAUACUGAACCCUAGGUGCAGAAACACAUCUUGGAUUUGAAUGUGGUAUAUGACUACAGUAUACACAAAUUAGCAUUCUUUAAUGCCUUGCAUAAAAAUUUUCAUGCAUGUGUUGAGUGAAAAACACCCUUGUCAUUUCACUUACUAUAAAAUUAAAAUAUAUUCUGUAGUUUUCCCCUCUGGUGUUGCCCCACCAAAUGUUAUUCUUCCUUUUUGCCCCUUCAAACCCAAAGUGUCAUCUGGAAGAAAAAACAGGAGAAAAAAAUAUAUAAUUUCCUGGGGUUCCCCCCCCCCAUGGCAUUCCCAUCUCUAGUUAGAAUAAAUUUUGAGGAGGAUGUGAUCAACGGCUACUAACCAUGAUGGCUGUGUUUUACCUCCACUGCAAGGGGAUUAAUGUCUGUUUCUGGUGGUUCAGGGUAUAUAUAAAUUUAUUCAGGUAGGUAGCUGUGUUGGUCUGAUGCAGUCAAAAUAAUAAAAAAAUUGUCCAGUAGCACCUUAGAGACCAACUAAGUUUGUUCUGGGUAUAAGUUUUCGUGUGCAUGCAUCCGAAGAAGUGUGCAUGCACACGCAAACUUAUACCCAGAGCAAACUUAGUUGGUUUCUAAGGUGCUACUGGACGAUUUUUUAAUACAUUUAUUGAUACUGCACCCUCAAUGUUCAUUGUAGAAGUGGGUUCUCUCUUAGGAAAGUUCAAGGAGAAGAACAAAGUCCAACACAUUAUUGACUUAACUUAAAGCUUCACAGUGUGUCAGCCUUGCAAAUACUAGCAUUUGGAUAGGACAUGUAAACUACUGGUUUAUUUGAUUAUUAUUUAUCUGUGACAUUUAUAUAGCCCCCCGGUCAGGCUUACAACAAAAUAUUGGACACAAUCUAGCUAAAGAUAAGCGCUUUCAAGACCCAUUAAUUUGAAUGUGAGAGUUAAACAUACUUAUCUCCCAUUCAGUUCAAUGGGACUUACAAGUCCUUAAUAUUAGCGGGAUCAGGCCGAAUGUAAUUAAAAAGUAACAUUUGAAAAUUUUGGUCCUAAAAUGUCUUAAAAUAAAAACCUUUUACUAUUUUUUUGUGGUAACUUCAUAUUUCUCCCCUUCCUUGUGAUUCUCUAGGUGCAGCAGUAGCUGGAAUUUUCAGAGUUGCUGGAAAAAGCAUGGCUCCUUUACAAGCACUGGUGUUUGGAAUUGGCCAGACUGUACUGACACUAAUUAUAUCCUUCUCGAGAAUUCUUGCUACACUUUGAAAUUUCUGUGAAAACUUGAUUUCUAAAAGGAAAUGGUCUGCAGUGAAGCUUCCCAGAAGUUGUUCCAGUAGCUGCUGGAUUUGAAUUGCAAGGAGAAAUAUUUGGUAUGUAGACUUCAAACCUAGAGGUUCCGCCCUUUUAGAAAGGAGUUUCCUCUAGAGUCCAAAAAUGACACACUACUGCACUGCACCUAAUGUGCCUCUGUCACAGGCAAGGUGUGAUCAAUUUAGGAGAAGCUGCAAGAUAAAGCACCUUGUGAAGCUGCUAAUCGGGCAAAUGGUGAUGUGAUCAUUGUUCGUAACAGUAUUGGGGGAAAUACACGGGCAUUUCUGAAGAAUGGAUCAUAAAUGUGCCAAAUGCAAAGUUGAUUUGUUUUUGUUUUUUAAAAAAUAUUGAUAGUGUGACCAUUUAAAUGUGUAGUAUUUGAGUGCAGCAAACAUAGUUCAAAAAAAUUUCAGGUAUACCAACAAGGCACUUGUUUAUUAUUGUAAUAACUAACUCCAUCUCAGUGCAGAAAUUUAUCAAGCCUGUGGAGAAGCUGCUUGAGUAUUGAAUUUAUUAGCAUUGCCGGGAUUUAGUGACUGAAACAACAGUCUGGUAAGGACAUGAAUGUGAUUGAUCCAAUAUAGGAGCUCCUUAUGAAAGGAUUUAAUUAGGAUAUGUCACAUUCACUAAAAGCAGCCUUUCAGUAACAUUAUGUUAUGCUUUUGCUAUUUUAUCAAGUUAUGGUAUGUCCCAAAUUCAUGGUUAUGGAUUGGAACAAAGGCUGUAUGGGUCAGAUGUCUAAAAAAGGUUACAAAAGGAAUCCUACAUUAUUCCGAAAAUAUAUUUGCUUUGACCUUGAUUGUUGAAACAUUCAGUAACGCUAUUUUAAGACCAGGAAGAGCCACAAGUCUUGAAAAGUAUGUGUUUACAGUAUGGUCUAAUCUAAAGUAAGUCAAAGAUAGAUGGGGAAAUAAAAAUGCAGUUUUUCUAUGUGAUUAUGCCAGGAUUCUGAACAAAUGUUUAUUCUAGUAGAUUAUCAGUAUCAAAAGGGAGAGAAUUAAAAAUCUUCCUAUUUCCCACCUUGAGAUAAUUUGGGGAUGAUUAUAUGUGACUUUCAUAUGCUUAGCUUCCAGUAGACCUGUUCUGUGUGUGUUGUUUUAGCAAGAGCAGCAGCGGUGGUGUGACUGUAAUGUCUUUACUGUAACAUGUUAUAAAGUGAAUAGAGAGAAACUACAAGGCACUAUCUAAAUGUAAGUAUUGAGAAGGAGUGAAUUAAUUGUAUCCUUGGGCUGAUUCACACACUGUCCUUUCAGUGAGUAUGCACAUGUAAUCAGCAUGCACAAACAUGCCUGUAUUAGGAGCUGAAAGAAGGGAGCAGGCUCCCUACUUCCGGAAACCAGUGCAGGUGGCAGUGGCUGGAGAACCCAAUUCUGCAUUUACCAGAAAUUGCUAGAUGUUGUCGCUGCUCAACCACUGCACCUUUUUCAACAGCACCUCGGUCACUCUGCUGGUGGUGCUCUUCUCUAAGUAGAGUGGCAGUAGCCAAGAAUCCCUUUGCUGGGAACUUGGGAAAAACAAGGCAUAUGCAGUAAGAGAGGACUACUUUAGCUGACAUUGCCUUUUCUACUACUUUUGGCUGCUCUAAUACAGGUGGUAGUAGGGCUUGAUUCUAUGUAUUCCUUCACUCAGAGUGCAAUGUGUGAAUUAGCCCUUAGUUUUCUGUUCAAAAUUGGCAGUCUGUACAUGUCUCUACCUUCCUUCUGGGUGUAUGACCACAGGUUGUCAUGACAGCAGAAGUUAAUGCCUACAGAAAUCAUAACUGCAGCAAUAACACUUUGACAGCACAGUGCUUUGUUCCACAAUCUUUCUAAAUAUUGUGGCAAAAUCACAAUUUGUAGUUGUAUAUACUAAUAAAUUAUCACUAGAGGCUAUUUUGCCUACUUUGGUCUAGAGAUAACACUUAAGACAUUCAUUAUUAUUAUGUCUUCAUUCUUAUAGUUGUAGUGAUAGGCUGCUAUCCUACAAGGACCUAUGUAUAACUGGAGCUUCUUCACGGUUGUGUUAUUGCAGACUUUUGUUUGCCAUACCAAAAGAUGGAAGCUUUGUGCUCACCCAAGACUCUAAAUCAAAGUCAUAGGGGAAAGGAAAUAGCAUUAAUACUAGGAGGUAUUUAAAGAAACAUUGAUAUAUUUUGUUCUUUGUUUCAGGUAAUUUAAUUUAAAUGCCAAGGCACAUUCUAAACCUACACUAGUAUAAAAUGCUAUUUUAAUUUAUAGUGCCUUGAGUAUAUGUUAGAAGGGAUUUUCUAGUCCAUUGUCAACUUACUCCUGUUUUGUCUCUGCCAUUAGCUUGCAUUUGAUGAUAGCUUGUGGUGGUGUGGUGUUAAAAUGAAUAAUAGGAAAAAACUUGGAGAAAUCACUAGUGCUACCUGCCCCAGUUCAAGUCAAUGCAGAAAAGUUUUUGUUUUUUAAUUAUAAUUUUUAUUGACUUAAAUAUUAAGCACUGUAUCUUCAAGCCUUUGGAGUUAUAAAACUCCAUAUUGGUUUCAUAAUUUAUUGAGCAUCAGAACAUGCUGUAUGUGAUACUGUUGUGAAUGUUGUAUGUGAAGUUGUCUGAUGUCUAGUGUUAUGUGUAGUGGUGUAAUGAAGCUGCAAAGCAAACACUUCUCAGGCCCCAGUACUGAAGUAGUUAUGAAGACUAUAUAUGUAAAUUUCUAAGUCGAUUGACUUUAGGGCUAUAUGAAGAAAUGUAUUUCUGUACUGGAGGCUCAGAUGCUUCUUAUGUUGUUUGUGGUUGCCUCAUUCUGCCUCAUUUUCAUGAGAAACAAAUCCCAUCAGUAUUAAGGUUAGGUUAGGAAUAACUUAAAGGCUAGAUAUGCACUUUGUUAAAUAUUGCAACACGUUCAUUGGGCAGCAACAAUACAGCAGGUUCUGAGUGGCCAUCUAGAAAGGGUCUGCCCAGAACCGCUUUGUAACAGGAAGCAAUCUUGGAUCAUGACUCGUUGAACUCAGCUAAUGAGUUGUGUUUUACGGUAGAUCAAUGUAUAAAAUGACUCUUUUUCUAUCAAAAAUGGUAAAUAAAAUCUUCUCUUUCAGUCUCUGUUUGGUAAUGAAUACUAAAAGGAUGUGCUUUAGCCAAGGAUAAGUAUGGCACUAUGCCUUUGAAUAGAAUACAUAACAUUUGUAUUUUGAAGCGAUUGCAGAGUUAGUUGUUUAUUGCAUUUUAAAACCAAUUUAUAUUUAAAAAAAAACAAAGAAAUAACAAAUGAAAGUUUCUGAUAGCAAUAUUCUGUAUUCGGUUUUGAAAGUAAUGUGUAAGGAGUAAUGUUACUAGGGCAUUUUUUUCAUAUGCUAAAAAGGGUGGGUUUCUUCUUUCAUGCAAGUUUAGAGUGGUGUGCUUUACUUAAGGGUGAAAUGCCCUUUGUAUGAAUAGAAUUAAAAUAAUACCUUCAGCUGCUACAGGAAAUGAAGGAAAUCUGCACCAAUAUUCAAAAAUUUAUCUGAGGAAGUGAUUGAACAUUCUACUUAGAAGCAUUCUAAAAAGAAUCCAAUGUAAAGCUUAUGCAAUACCAGUAUUUGACCAUGAACUGAAUUACUGUUUGAGAGCAGUUGAAAAUUUCGUUGUUGUUUUUUUAAUUCCAGAUAAUCUGCAGGUUUUUUAUUUUUAAGGCAGCUUAAGUUUCAUGAACUGAUCUCUUAACAUAUUUAGCAAUGACAUUUUAGAAAACUUUUCAUUAUUCAAAACCACAGGUAACAUUACGUUGGCUUAAUUUAUGAACAUAUGGACCAAAGAGGUGGUUAAGUAUUCAUUGUAUUUAUCUGUAAUAUAGCAUUUUAAAUAUAUUUUUCUUGAUUAAAUCUGAGGAAAGCAGUAGUGUUUCCUCUUCAGUUUUGCACUUUGCUAUAUUUUGUUUCAGUAUGAUAAACUUAUUUUUACUUGAAGCUUGCAUAUUUUUGUUGUAUUGUAGAAUAACCAAGCAAUCAGCUCUCGGUAUAAUUAAACGGAUUUUUAAAAUUAGUUAUGUUUGAAGUUUAUUAUCCAUUUGCAUGGAUAAGUCAAUUUUCUUAAGCCUCCCCCCCCCCAAAUACGUUUAAGCCUAAUAUUUUAAGGCAUUGUUUUUAAGCAUUUUAUCCAAAUUCUUGCAUAAUUGCACACAAUGGGUUACAUCCAGACUUAGUCAUGCUUAGAGUAGACACAUUGAUUUCAACCCUAUAGCAAAUAAGAGAAAUAUGGAUCCAGAACCAACAAGCACAUACAACUUCUUCUCCUCAAAAAUAUGAUGCUACUUCAGGCCUCAUGUUUACUCCUACUGUGGGUAGUUGAGAGAUUUUGAAGCCUCAAUGCUAUAUGGUUCUUUCCUUAUGAGCUUGACUAGAUUGCAGCCUUAAAACUGCAUGUUCUGUACUUGUGCUCCCGAUCAAACAUGAGACACAAACUGGUUCUGAAAAAAAUGCUUCGUAGAACUCCAGGUUUUCCAAACUAGCACUCAAUUGUGACUGAAGGUGCAGAGACAAUGAAUAGGGGCCACAAUAUUGGGAAAAAAUGGCUUUUUGUAUGGCUCCUGAGGCAAGUGCAUUCCUCUUCCAUUCAGAUUAAUGAAGGUGAACAAGUGAAGAGGUAACAAGCAAAAAAUAUGUGAAAUAGUUAAUUUUCUGUCUACUACAAAAGCUGGCGAUAUAAGAAUGUGGGGCAAGCUGGAGAAAGCUCCCAACAUAUAACAAACUGCAGGUUUUCUUCCUUAUUCUAUGCAAAUCAGAUUGGUACAUUUACUUCAAAGAUUUGUAAUAGAAAAGUGUCCGGACACAUUUGAGAAACCACCACAUAACCCUUAUUUUAAGUUAAUAUAAAAUUAUUGAAGUUUGAAAUGGGGACAUUACCUGUCUGAGGCCAACUCUUUUAUUUUGAGUUUUUGCUAAGAUGUUUCUAAAGUGAUCAUUGGCAACGCUGAAGGCAUUCUGGAUCAUAUGUCUGGCAAUUGCUACUAAAUGUUUUCAUAUACGGCUUUCUUCUGUAGUUUGUGCCCUUUCGUUUACAAGAGCAUGAAUCUGCCACUUUGCUCCAUGAUGCUUAUGAACAAUUCUCUUCUCAGACCCUUAAAUUUGCCUAAUAGGGGGAGAAGUGCUUGUCUUGGAGAGAAAGGAAUGAAAACCUUGUAGCUUUCUCUGAGAGGUUCUAAAUGAUCCCAGAAAUUGUUGGUCAGGUGCAUCAUAGACACCUGUUCAAUUCCAUACGGCACUGAAAAUUAUAGGCUAAUCAUAUAGCCUCUGCACAUGAAAUGACAUUCUGGUUAUAAGCUGCUUUAAAAUCCUCCCUGCUCUGUAUGUGCUUGCUCAACACAAUGAUCAAGUGAUUUUCCCCCACACACAACUGCAAUAAAUGUUUGCAGUGUGAGGAGAAAAUACCAUUCUGUGCAUUAUAAGCUGCUGAGUUAGUGAUUCAGUCAUGGAGGAAAAACGUUUGUUCAUAUAAAAUUUCUGUAUUUCCCUUAUCUGAAAAUCACAGGGCAGUUUACAAUAUAAAAACACAAAAAGUAUUGUAACAAACAAAAACAGUAACCCCACUCCCCCAAAGUUUUAAAGGCCAUAGAUUGUUUAGUUAGCCAAAGGCCUGGGAGAAGAGGAAUGUUUUUGCUUGGUGCCUAAAGAUAUGUAACGAAGGUACCAGGUGAGCCAGGCGUCGGCAAAUUUAUUUAGCCGCGGGCCAGUCCACUGUCCCUCAGACCUUGUGGCAGGCCAGAGAAGCGGCAUGGGGGGAGCUGGAAAAAGAGGCGAGGGGGGCAAGUAGUCCUCCUCCCCAGCCACUGCGCUUACCUUCCCAGACCCGUGAUCUGAGCACCCCUGGCCCUUUCCCCCUCUCCCAGGAAGGGGAAGCAGGAGCCCUUCCCCGGCGCUUUGGCCUCGAUGACUCUCACCGGGCGCUGCCUCUGACAGCAGGCUGUGCUCAGGUCCACUGGGAGCUGGCCCUCCAGUCCGGGACGCCAAGCUGCCCUCCAGUUUCACCUCUUCACUGUGCCCCCAGCCCAUCCCGCAGGGCUGGAGCUCACCGGGUGGUGCGCUUGUAGUGCGGCGGCGGCUCCUUGCGUUCUUUCCCCAGAGCUCCCACAGGCAGGGUGGUGGCCAUAGCCUGGUAGCCCUCGGCGGGCCACAGGGCAAGUCCAUAGCUGUUGGGGGGGGAUGUGCAGGGGAAAAUGGUGGUGCAUAAAAAUGAACAGAAUCCCCACGGCCCACGCUGAUCCACAGACCGUCUGUGGGCCAGAUCCUGAAGGCAAUUGGGCCGGAUCCAGCCUGUGGACCUUAGUUUGCAAACCCCUGAGGUAAGCCUCCCAGGGAACAGCAUUCCACAAGUGGGGAGCCACUGCAGAAAAGGCCCAUUCUUGAAUUGCUACCCUCUAGACCUCUCAUGAAUGAGGCACACAAGGAAGGGCCUUGGAUGAUAAUCGCAGGGUUGGGGUUGGUUCAUAAGAGGAGAGGUGAUCCUUGAGAUAUUGUGGUCCUGAGCUUUAUAGGUCAAAACCAGCAUUUUGAAUUGGGCUAGGAAACUAAUUGGCAGCCAGUGUAGUUGGGCCAGGAUUGGCGGUAUAUGCUCAAAUCAUGUUGCCAUAGUGAGCAACAUGGCCGCUGAAUUCUGCACCAGCUGAUGUUUCCAAACCAUCAUUAGAGGCAGUCCCAAGUAUAACACAUGGCAGUAAUCUAACCUAGAAGUUACCAGAGCAUUGAGGAUAGUAGUUAAGCUAUCCCUGUCCAUAUAAGGGCAUGGCUGGACCACCUGCCGUAGCUGAUGGAAAGUACUCUGAUCAAAGCUGGUUUUGGGGGAAAUGUAUGAAAGCACAGCAUUGCUUAAUCAGCUACAGGAUAGAUAAGGAUUGUGGGCAAUGUGGCUUCAAAAACUAGCAGUAGGAGCACACUUGAUGCAGAAUAAACAGUAAUGUGUGUGCACAGCCUUAGUCUUUAUUUAACUGACAUCUUGCACUAGCAAGUUGACAAAUGAACAAUAUGUAAGUUUGGGGAAGGCAAAUAUGUUGCACAUACAGCUGUUUUAUAUCCCUGAAUCACUUCUGUGUAGAAAUGGCAUUGGGAGUGUGUGUGCUUUAUUUGCUACAUGUACAUGCCACAAGAUACUUAAGCCUUGGUCACUUAUGCUGAACACAUUUUGAUAUAAGGAAGUGAUAUUUCUUUAAGACAUUGUUCUGUCUUUAAGACAUUGUUCUGUCAAGUUAGCUGUAUAUAUGGAGAGCCUCAAGGACACGUGGAAAUUCCUAUUUGUCAUUUACAAUUUGUUUGCAGCAUGUGGCCCAACUAAAGAGGCUGCUUGUAAUCUGCUUUACCUGUUUCUCCCCCCUGCCCCUCCGGGCAAAAAAUGAGCGCACAAAAAACAGAGUGUGACUUCUGGGGUAACGGUUAAAAUAAUAAUCUGUGUGUCUAGGAAUAGUGAAUGAGGAUAUUUCCCUUUCUUCUGCUCCAACUGGAAAAACAUACAUGAAUGAAACUUCAUUUGCAUUUGUAAAACACAGAUAAAAUAGUGUGGGUCUGAUCCAAUGGAAGGAGCUGUUUCCUUCAUUGAAAUGAAUGGGUGUGCUGAUGUGUACUGAAGUGCAUGCAGUAUGUGACUUUUAUGCUUGUUUGCCCAGGUGAGAAUUGUGGAGUCAGACCAAAAGGUAAGAACUCUUGAAAUGGGAAGGACCAUUUUUAAAUUAUAAGUUCAUAUUCUGUAGAAUAUUAUAUUGUACAAAGGUAAUGUUUUCAUUAUCCUUUUAAGAUAUAUGCUGCCUAAUGUGUUGUCGUAUAUUGCAUGUUUUAUAUAAUAGUUUAGCUCUAAAGAAAAAGGGAUAAAACGUUUUUGUGUAUAAUAUGUUGUAAAUGUAUAUUUUUUUAUAAAAGCAGCUUUUUAAAUUUCUCAGUCUGUACAAACUACCAUGUAAAUAAUUUCCUGUAAAUAACUUCUUGAACAAUAAAUGUUUUCCAUUG